GCAAGAGGGGAGAACCUGGUGGACGUCACCUAUGCCAUCGCACGGUUUGGAACCCAUCUCACCCAUUGCGGCGUUUUCCCUAAUCCCAUUAAUUCAAAUCAAGAAUUCCUUUCAGCUGGAGGUGGCAACCAUGCACAGGAUUAUUAAGUUCUUGCGAUUGAACCCUUGGGGGUUUAGUGACGGAUCGUGCCGACGCUGAGGUUUGUGGAGUGGCGCUACUGCUGGCGGGAUCGGUCUUGCAACUGGCAUUGUUUUCGGGACUCGUUUGACGGUUUCUUGGGAUACGUCGUCGACUCAGCGGUGAAUGUCAAUGGUGAGGGACUAUGGUUAGACUUUGGUUUGAAAUGCUGUAGUGUUAUACGAGGGUAAUUUUGCCUUGUCGGCCCUCCUGUACGAUGUUGCAGAAUCCUCGUAACUUGAACAGUCGGCGAGCGUGCUUUUUCAGCUUUCGGUGCGCUGGGAGUGUGUGUACGGAAAAGAGCCGAGACAAUAUCGGAUGUGGGUGGGGUUGGUCUCUUCGCUAGCUCUGGUGGACUUGGAUUCCUAUAUUUCCAUACUAACACUGCUCUCAUAGGUUAUUUCGGGAGUAUUCUCUGAGUCUGAUUGUGCUUUAUGUGGGCAUGCCUCGGCUUCUUUGUCCUUUUGCAUGGGUUCUACAGAACUAAGUAGUCGCAGGCGUGUCUCCUUACCAUGAUGCAAGUGUACGCUAAACGUGAACCUUCCGCUCUCGAAACUCUAUUUGACCUUUGAUUCUGGUGAAUACGACUGCAGUGUAUUUAUAUUUUUUUACUUUUUAUCAAGCUUCGUUCUUCACCUUAAAGUGUACAGACGAGGAUUAGAAAAAUUGUUGCAACAUGUUCUAACCCUAUUGAAUAAGAAAACUUGAUUCUGAGAGAAAACGUUUUUGUGAUUUGUAAUGCUGAUCAGUUUCCAGAAGUCGCAAACCUCCUGAUUUCUUCACCUCUAUGUGAACCUUUUUUUUUCGUGUGAUAAGUUUAUUUUAGUGGGGGAAGGAUUGCCUUGAUAUCUCAUAUCGUUAAGAACCGAAAAGGCUUCGAUCUUGUUGUUCCUACACUUCUGGGGAUGGGUGAACAACCAGAGCUGCCGUCGCUCAUUGGCACUCCAUCUUUUACAUUAGACUUGUAUUCCCAAAAUAUACAAUUUCAACACAUGGGGAAUGUGGCUGUGCUAACCUGAAUUUGUGGUGGUUUUAGUCUUUCAAGUGCUUUAUCAAGACUUUUCCUUAACUCACCACCUCGGCCGGUAUUUUUAGGGACUACGAAGUACGUCUUGAAAGCUUAAGACGAAUGGUCAACUGAAUUCUGCUGCAAUAAUGUUAGCAUGUGCUUUUGCUCAUUGAUGAACUGAGGACUACGCAAGCCACAAACGUCUUCCAAUUCAUUUCGCCUCGUCGACACUUCACCUCUCACAACAAAAGCUCCAUUUUCUUUCGGCUCAGUGAUUGUAGUGUAAGAUGACGAUUGGCAAAGAAUUCACGGAGCCGCUCAUAAACGGGGAAUUGAAUCCUCCACCUAUUACCCCCGCCGUGUUCACCAUUGCAGAAAAUUAUAUUGCUGUCACUCGGCCCUUAAGUGAUGGACUCGGAAACAACCCAGUGAGCCACGACCCUGAGGAGAAGGCCACCUCUCAGUGGGUGUGGGGAGAGGUUCGAGAGCAGUGCUGGCUAGCUGGUCCUAUCAUGGUCAUGUAUAUGUUGCAUUAUAUUAUGGCCAUGGCUGCAACAAUCUACGUCGGUCAUCUUGGAUCGUUCCCCCUGGCUGCAGUGACGUUGGCCAACACCUUCUGCAGCCUGACGGGAUUCACCGUGUUGGCAGGAUUGUCCAGCGCCCUUGAGACGCUAUGCGGGCAAGCAUACGGUGCAAAGCAGUAUCACUUGCUUGGGAUCUACUUGCAACGUGCUGCUUUCUUCCUCACAGUUUGUGCAGCUGUACCCAUCGCCCUCAUUUGGCUUAACAUGGAACGCAUCCUUGUGGCCAUGGGCCAGGAUCCUGAAAUUGCCCAUGCUGCACACACCUACGCGUUCUGGUUAUACCCAAUCUUAAUUUUGUACUCAAUUUUUUUUCCAGUCAUCAAAUUCUUUCAGACGCAGGGGGCGGUGUUUGAGUUAAUGGUGUGCUCGGCGAUGACUGUUUUGUUCCAUGUGCCACUCUGCUGGUUCAUUAUCGACAAACUCAACGUGGGCUACAAAGGUGCAGCGUUAGCCACCAACAUUUCUAUGCUCAUUGAUUUGAGCUUUUGCUUUGCGUUUAUAAGAUUUUCACCACGAUUUGAGAAGACUUUCUCUUCUUUCUCCUGGGACGCAUUUCAAGAACUCGGGGAGUUUUUUAGCCUCGCUCUACCGUCCGCGACAAUGAUGUGUUUGGAACACUGGUCGUUUGAAAUUUUGACGUUUCUGGCGGGGGUGCUUCCGAACUCCAAACUAAAUAUCUCUUCUUUUGCCAUUUGUAUGGGGCUAUUGUCAUUGGCGAAUAUGACUACGCUUGCAUUCGGCUCUGCAACGAGCGUGAGAGUUUCAAAUGAGUUGGGAGCAGGGAAGGCGCAUUCUGCACGCUUGGUUGUGGCUGUAUCCGUGGCCCUUGGGAUAGUCUAUGGUUGUGUAAUGGCUAGUCUCAUUUACUCACUCCGUGAUGUUUGGGGAUGGGCAUUUACUAACGACUUCGAAGUGGUGAAUCAUGUAGCCCAUGAUGCACCUCACCUCGCAAUACUUGCGAUUCUUUAUGGCAUUGGGGCCAUUCUGUCAGGAGUGGUAAGAGGUAUUGGAUUCCAACGAACUGGUGCUAUUGCCAACUUGGGAGCCUACUACGCCAUUGGAUUACCUGUUGCCUUCAUCUCGGUCUUUGUGUUCCGUUCUGACUCAUGGGGAUUAUGGCUGGGUAUGGGUUGUGGCCUUGUGAUACAAGUAAUAUGCUUCAUGUAUAUCAUUCUAUGUACAAGCUGGGAUCAACUGGCAGAGGAAGCCAUGCUGCGAUCACUUUCCUUCGAUUCACGGCUACCGAUCUUGGCACCACCUGUGACAAAGCCACUUCUAGAGGACAGCCGUUCACUGGAAGACAAUCAAAGAUUCUCCACCCAAUCAUAGAUGAGCUCUAGCUCUCCACGUUUAUUGAAGAACUCUUUGAAAGAGGUAGCAUGCAUUAUGCACACUAGGUAGUCCAUCUGACUUAGUGGAUCAAGUGUACAGAAAUACGGUAUAUAAAUUGUACAAUGCAACUGCUCAGAAGCAAACGUCUAGGUGUUACAGAAAUCUGCCACAAUUGAGUUUUGCUUUAGCUCCUGAAUGCUCUCAGGUGUCAUGAGCAGAACAAGAUACAGCAAUCAUAUCAUGUUGUGAGGCCCUUCAAAAUGAAUCUAUUCUAAAUUAUCCAUUUCAGAGUCUCACUCUCAAAUUGGGUAGUUGAUAUCUCUUUGUGUA